AUGGCACCAUCGACGGAUCCUUCGCAGUGGACAUACACCGACUACGCGUGCUUUCUCAACUCGCACGGCUUUCACAAUCUCAACACACUCAACGAGUACCUACAAUGGGGGCUACAAGCAAAAAUGUCGCCAAAUGUGAGGCAGCCGGAGUUCUCGAGAACAAUGCUACUCGAGUUUAACAAGGGCUCAACACGACUUUCAGAUCUGUCCGACUUGAACAAGUUGCGACUGCUUCUUAGAGAAUGGACGAGGACCAGCAAAGAGCCUUCGUCGCCAGGCUCAGGACAGCCAUCAGGCCGCAUAAUCAUGGUGGAUAAUGCUGCUCCUGCACUCAUCGACACACUCGGAGGCUUGCUCAAUAUCGAUCCCAGCUUUUUCGCGAACCAUAUUGGUGAAGGCGGUGCAGAACCCUGCACUGUUCAAGGCCCUCGAGACCAAGUCACAAUCGACUAUCAGACAGCAUUUGUGCCUGUCAACUGUCCGAAAGAAGUUGAGGGAAUGACACUCAGCAGCAAAAGUAAUUACUACCGACGCGUUGAGGUCAUUCCAAAACAGCCACGCCAGAAAGUGGCUGUAGUUCGGAGGAAGAUAUCGAUAUGGCUACGGUCAAGUCGAACCCAACAGGCGACCGACCCAUGGCUUGCCGUUGUUCUAGUUGAUCCGCCGCUUUCAAACUUUGCCGCCGGACCAACAUCCUUCAGCAGUACCGGCCCUCCGCAAUCAUUCUCUGUACUACCGUAUCAAGGUGGGUAUGUUGACUUUGUGGAGAUGAGGAAGCCUCAGAGCAUGCAGCAGAACGACUAUCGGGAGUGUGCUCACAACGUCCAAUACAGUGUGGGCAACACUUUCGAUGAGCUUCUUCGGCAUUGGCAGAUACAAGCGAGAGAUGGCCUCUUCUCUCCUCCACUCACGUUGAAGCCAGCUGAUGUUGGAGCUCCGGCACUGGCAACGAUAGCUCGACCAUGCCUGCAGCUGGCGGCCGCGGAGACAUCAAACACGCUCACUUUCCUUUCGAACAUUCUCACCUCCUCGAGUCCGGCCAGCAUCUGUACUCAGCACCCAAUCCCCAACACAACAACACUGCAGCGCGCUUUAUCGCGGACGAUCUUCGUGGAUGCGCUGCUCACAACUAUGAAAACAUCCCUGUCACAAACCAAAGAGUUUGCGUGUAUGUCAACAGCACCAAAUGAGCACAUAGCAGCAACGUACCGCACGCUCUUGAGCAGUCUGCAUGCACAUCGCUCCACGACCGAUGCCACCUUCAGCCAUCUCACGGCACUCCUGACCAGUACACACACGCAAGCCCUCGACCGGAUCGCAACCACAUCCAACACAUCUCGGUCACAUCUAAGUCUACUCGCGGUACUGGCUCUAGUCUACGUCCCACUAUCACUCGCAUGCCUCAUUUUCGCUUUACCUAGCCAGCUUCUACCUUCUCGGCACUACAUCUACGGCUUCCUCCCAGCCGCAGUGGGCGUGGCCUUGCUGUUCUUGCUGUUCGGUGUGAGACAGCUCCGGCAAGGCUUGAUCAGGAUCAAAGACCGCCUGGCUGGCGGGUUGACGAGGAAGAAAGUGCUAGCGGGAGAAAAGUUCAAGGUCCAUCGCGAGACAGGCGAGAAGGUGUGGGUGAAUCGGCAGCCUACUAGUACAACGGAAUUUGGUGCAGGGCCGUAUGUUACAGGCGGAGGGCCGAUUGGCGAGGAGGUUCGAGUCGCCCAGACUGGCACAUUGUCCACUCCGGGACGGCCAUCAUUACGGAGGGAGCAGUCUAGUAGUAGUGGGAGAGGCAGCUCAAAAGUGCGGGCGAAGGCUAAGACGAGGGAGCGGAAGAGGGAGGCUUGGGAUGAGGUCUGA